GUGCCGGCGGCGGCUCCUCCCCGGGGCGGUGCCGGUGCCGGCGGCGCGGUCGGCGGCGGAGCGGGGCCAUGGUGAAGAUCGGCGUGCAGCAGCCGCCGGCAGCGCUCAAGCCGGAGAAGGAAAAGGCGGCGGGGGGCGAUGGGGCGGCCGGCGCCGAAGAGCCAGCACCUCUGGUGCAGGGCCGAAGGUCAUCGCUCAGUGGAGUGUGCUACCUGACCAUGGGGCUCCUCGUGCUGCUCUUGGGCUUGGUCUUUGCAUCAAUGUAUGUGUACAGAUACUUCUUCAUCACCCAGCUGCCCCGCGAGAGCGUGUUUCACUGCGGCGUCCUCUAUGAAGACUCGCUGUACUCACCAUUCAGAGGGCAGCUGGAGCUGCACGAGGAUGUCAAGAUCUAUAUUGAGGAGAACUACGAGCAAAUCAACGUCCCAGUGCCCCGUUUUGGAGGGAGCGAUCCUGCAGAUAUCAUCCAUGAUUUCCAGCGAGGUCUGACAGCUUAUCAUGACAUAACGCUGGAUAAAUGCUACGUCAUCGAGCUGAACACCACUAUUGUGAUGCCUCCUCGCAACCUGUGGGAGCUGUUGGUUAAUGUGAAGAAAGGGACAUACCUGCCUCAGACAUACAUAAUCCAGGAGGAGAUGGUCGCCACCGAACAUGUCAGUGACAUGGAGCAGCUCGGCUCCUUCAUCUACCGCCUCUGCAGCGGCAAGGAGACCUACAGGCUGAAGCGGAGGAGCACAAGGAGACGCAUCAGUCGACGCGAGGCUGGAAACUGUCAUCGCAUUCGUCACUUUGAAAACACUUUUGUGGUUGAAACUGUUAUCUGUGGGAAGUCAUGAAGCCACUCUCCAGAUGUAACCUUCCUUGGCUUGCUUGCACACACAUGCACACACAUGCUCUUGGUCCUCUCUUUAGACAUGGUAAUCUGUCUUACUUUUUUUACUCCCUCCCGUGCUUGUGCAGCUCUAACCUCUCAGGUCCAUCACAAUGGAUUCUCUUCUCUCCCCGCUACCUACCUGAGAUGUCUGUUGGGCUUAAAUUUACACAGUGGUUAAAGAUAACCUGGGAGUAGACGCAGCUUCUUUCACACCACAGGAUGGGAAUGUUUUGGAAGCAAGCUUGGUGUAGAAGGGAUGCCUGAGAAAUAGGAGUGCUGGAAAUAGGCUGAGGGAUUUCAGGCUGGUGUAGUGCUUUGAGGGUGCUGUGGUACUGGGACGCAAGGUGCAUGCAUAAGAGGAGGACUACUGUUUUAGUGCUGGUGUAUUGACCAGAAAUACGUAACCAGAUGCACUUAGAAAAGAAUAGUUGUGAUGUUAGAGACAGUGUGGUUCAGAAAGUGUAGCAGAAGGAGGGUUUCUGCAUCAAGCCAGAAUCAGAGU